GUUCAUAUAAAUUUGGCAGAAAUGGCUGUUAAUUGUAUGUGUGAAUUAUUAAUUUCACAUUCAUAUUUUAAUUAUGCAGUCAACAUUGGGCAUUUGUUAACUCUUUACUUAGAUAACAAAAAUACUAAUGUUAGAAAAAAAGUUGAAGAGACAUUUAUUAAAAUUUUUAAAGAAGAUAAAAAAGGAACUAUUUCAUUAGUGAUAGUGCGGCGCAUAAAUCAACUUGUUAAGACUAGAAGUCAUUGUGUGCACAGUGAGCUGUUAUCUGUUUUACUUGCAUUGCCUAUCCGAAAUGUCAAUCUCGAUAAAGAAAAAGAAGAAAUUUUAAAAUCAAAAAAAUUUAUGACUAGAAAACAAAAACUAUUAGCUAUGUCAAAAAAGGAGCGCAAAAGAAGUAAAAUGUUGGAUAAAUUAGAUAAAGAAAUGCUCGAGACUAAAGCUGAAGAAAAUGUUAAAAGUCAUAUGAAUAAUUUAACUGAAAUCACUAAACUUGUAUUUUUGAUAUACUUCAGAAUACUUAAAACUGCUCCACGUUCUAAAUUAUUAUCUGUUUGUCUUGAAGGAUUAGCAAAAUACAGCCAUUCAAUCAACUUAGAAUUUUACCACGAUAUUCUCACAGUUUUGGAUUCAGUUAUAAAGAAACAUCAACUGAAUGUUCAUGAACAGCUUUGUUGUAUUAAAACUAUUUUUGUCAUUCUAUCUGGACAAGGAACUGUAAUUAACAUUGAUCCCGUUCACUUUUAUUCUCAUUUGUAUAGAGUUAUACCUGAAUUAGAUUGUUGUAAAUAUCACGAUAAUUUAGAAACUUUUCUUCGUACAAUUGAAGCGUUAUUUUUGGUGGGUCGCAAGAAAGUAACUGCCAAUUCUACACUGUCGUUUGUCAAAAGAAUGUCCAUGUUGAGUCUUCAAACACUUCACAAUGCAUCACUUGGGAUUUUAGCUGCUCUCCGGACUAUAAUACAAACAAACAAGAACACAGAAUCUUUAUUAGAUGUCGAUCCAUCUUAUGGACAAGGAAUUUAUAAUGCUGAAUUACAAGAACCUGAACAUAGUAAUGCAGGAAGUACAUCAUUAUGGGAACUUCCAGCACUACAACGGCAUUAUCAUCCUGAAGUAUGUAGAUUAUCAAAAACUGUUGCUUCAUUGACAGUUACACAAAAUAAUCAUAACAAUUAUUUAAAACCAGAAUUAGCCAAAAUGACACCCAGUGAGUGGUUUAAAGAGUAUGAUCCAAGUAAUGUGGCAUUCAAUCCAGCAGUUAUGCCUCCGGUGAAGGUACCUCAGCGGAUACCUGCACAUUAUCCAACUCUUCCAUACUCAGAUGUUUUGGACAAAAAUUACCCUAAUGUUAAUUUCUCAAAAGAUUUUUUUUGAAUUUGUAUUUAUUUUGUUUUAUCAUUAUUAUAAUGUAUUAAACUAGAAUUUUAUUACA